CCGUCAAUGCGUCGGUCCGCCCUUCCCUAUUUUGGAUGAGGAUAUUGAAAUUUCAUUUGCCUUUCGCCUCAGUCGUUCACCGUCGGCCCUUCGUCAUCUCUGCUUCUCACCACCAUGUACGACCUCAAUAUUCCGAUAUCUCUCGGAGAAAAUGGCAACAAAAAGGGCAAGGGGAAGCAGGCUGCCUCUACUGAGGUUCGCUAUACAGCCGCCCAAAUAUCCGCCAUUGAAUCGAGAAUCGAUAUGCUCUGCCAUUUGGGAUACAACGUCAUUGCCUUUACCCAAACCGUCGCGAAAAAAGUUUACCCCAAGACGCAUGUCAACAUACUGGAUCCCCUUCUUGGGCAGCUGACACCGAGAAAGGGCAUGGUAUAUCUGAAAAGGCUUUCUAUAAUACUCGACAGUGAUAGCGAGAAAGGCUUUGGCCUAAUCAACGCCCAAACAACCCUGUUCAACACAUACGACCUCCUCAGCCUCAUUCCAACGAACCAAGCAACCUUAUCCCUCGCUUGCCUCACCCACAGCCUCCCUUCACCCCUCACAGCUCACAUCAUCUCCCUUCCACUCACCCUUCCCCGCCUACCUUUCCACCUCAAGCAUACCCUCAUCCGAACAGCCAUCAAAAAUGGCGCCGUCUUUGAGAUCACCUACGUCGGCGCUCUUGGAGGUGAAAACGACGCUACUAUAGUCGACGCGAAUGCAGCAGAGAACGGAGCAUCAGCUAAACGCAACUGGUGGGGCGCAGCAAGGGAGUUGACGCGUGUAUGUAAGGGUAAGGACAUCAUCGUCAGUAGCGGUGCAGUUUCCAGGGCCGAUUUGAGAGCGCCAGGGGAUAUAGGCAACCUGAUAACACUACUAGACGUACCGCAAGACGUAGCUCACAGUAGUAUGACUAAAACACCAAAAUCCCUAGUCUUGCGUGCCCAAACCCGAAAAACACACCGAGCAGUGCUAUCAGAACCAAGACUCGUCAUUCCAGAAGGUUAUCAACCUCUCGUCCAACCACCCGAAACGACACCCUCGGUUCAGGCGAACGAUCCCACUCUCAUGGCCAAUAAACGACCACGGGACGAGCAAGAAGGGUCGAAGAAGAAGAAACGAAAAAAAUCGAAGCAGGAUGGUUCAGCGUGAUAAGACGUUAUUCUGGUAUCGAAUAACCUAACUCUGUGUUGUGGCGAUGAAAUGUAUUCAUGUAAACCGAGAAGAAUGGACUUCCGUUCUUCCAGGACAGCAAAGAGACGCGCCAAGUCAUCCUAUCUCGUCAAGUGCUUCCCCAUUAUCGGGAACCAACGGUCACAUUGCUGCCACAUCGAAGAGUGACACUCGGAAUUUUGAGCCGUGAUGUCCCUGGUCGUGCAUGCGGACGCCAAAAAUCCUGCUGUGAAGUUGUCAUUUCGCUGUU